UGCGGCACGAGCGACUACUCGUUACGGCGCUCCGCGUACCAUAAAUCGUUGGGCCCGACGUGGUAUAUAACGCCGUCGCGAGUACGUGUAUACUUGUACCGGAAUAAGUUUGAACAAUGUAAGAGGAAGAAUAAUGAUGCCCGUGCUCGGUUUACAUACGCGGCGCACGUGUACUGCACAGUAGAGUGCGCGCUUCCCACCGAAAGCUCUUUGCUGAAAGCUCCGAGUGUCACAGCUCGCGCGCCACAUCCACACGGAGCCAUGGAAAAGCUCGGCUACGGCGUCACGGCAGUUUGAAGGGAGUCCCGAUAGCGACUCAUCGUUACCCCUCGAUGAGGGCGAGGAGGGGCAGGUGCCAAUGGGAGUCGGUAGCAACGAUAUCAGCAGCAGCCGAGGCAGAGAGCUGAGGCGAAUGGGGGAGGAGGGAGAUUUCUGAGGCCCCCCCCCACGAUUUAACCAUCAGCGGUGCCGCAGAGAUGCCGAACAGGAUGAAGGCCAUCUACUCCCAGGUGGUGUUUGAGCGUCGAAUGCUGCUCGGCUGUACGGUCCUCGUUGGGCUGUCGAUAUGCCUGUGGGGAGUGGCGAUCGGCACGAACCAUUGGCUCGAGGCUCGGGUGCCAGAGGACGGCCGGCAGAUCGUCGUCGAGGAGAUCGGCGUUCACCGGAAGAUCUUCCAGGCCGGGAACUCGGGACUCUUUCGCGUCUGCACGAGGGGCUUCCGCCAGGAGAACGUCAACGCGAGCGUCAGGCCUUACCAGGGCUGCAAUCAAAACGAGAUGUUUCCGGUUGACGCGAAGGCCAAGCGAGAGCGGCGCACAGAGGCGGACCUUACGCUCAUUAAUUACUACAGGACGAACGUAUCUCUCGCCAUCAUCGGCAUGUUCAUCAUGGUCAUGGGCUUUGGGUUUUCCAUCUACACGUUCCUGAAUCCUCGGUACAUGUUCAAGAGGCUCGCCGGAGGCAUACACUUUCUCACCUGCGCGUGCGUGAUGGUGGUGAUCCAGGUGCUGACGUCGAUCAGGGAGCACGUGAGCAAACGGGACAACUGGAUAUUCCCGAGGUCGGCGGAGCUGAAUUACGGUUACUCGUUUUGCCUGGCGUGGCUGGUGUUCUCCUGCAAUUUGUCUGCCGGCUGUGCUUUCAUGAUAUUCUCGAGGAAGAGGAAACGCGAUCGCGCGCCCAACGACGAGUUUGCCAUGGCCGACGAGCCUACCAUCAUUGGUCGCUGAAUUCGACUCUUCGACGCGUGUGUUGUAUAUUUUUUUUUUUUUCACUUUGUUGUUUGAGUUUUUUUCUUUAUUACUCGUUACUCCUAUGUUUUCU